AUGAAGCUCCCCUGCAGCGGAUCCUCGGUCUACCUGCUGCUGCUCCUCUGCCUCCCAGUUUGCCUGGCGGCUCACGGUCGCUACGCUCAGAAGCUUCUGACGGACUUGUUCUCCAACUACACCAACGCCCUGCGUCCGGUGGAGGACACCGACCACAUCAUCAACGUCACGCUGCAGAUCACUCUGUCCCAGAUCAUCGACAUGGAUGAGCGUAACCAGAUCCUGACCACGUACCUGUGGGUCCGCCAGGUGUGGAAUGACGCCUACCUCACGUGGAAGAAGGAGGACUAUGAUGGUCUCGACACCAUCCGCAUACCCAGCAGCUACGUGUGGAGGCCUGACAUCGUUCUGUACAACAGUGCAGACGACGAGUUCUCCAGCUCCAUGGAGACCAACGUGGUUAUUCGUCACGACGGGCACAUCAUGUGGGACCAGCCGGCCAUCACCAAAAGCUCCUGCUCCGUGGACGUGGCCUUCUUCCCCUUCGACCUGCAGCAGUGUCACUUUACUUUCGGAUCCUGGACUCACAACGGCAACCAGAUGGACUUGUUCAACGCCUUAGACACGGCAGACCUGACAGACUUUGUCCCCAAUGUGGAGUGGGAGGUCCUGGGCAUGCCCGCCAAGAAGAAUGUGAUCCUGUACGGUUGCUGUUCCGAACCGUACCCGGACAUCACCUUCAGCCUCCACCUGAAGAGACGCGCCUCCUUCUACAUCUUCAACCUCCUCAUCCCCUGCAUGAUGAUUUCCUUCCUGGCGCCGUUGGGCUUCUACCUGCCGGCUGAUUCUGGUGAAAAGGUUUCCCUGGGUGUCACCGUGCUGCUGGCCCUCACCGUGUUUCAGCUUCUGGUGGCUGAGAGCAUGCCCCCCUCCGAGAGCGUCCCACUGAUAGGAAAGUACUACAUCGCCACCAUGACGAUGGUCACCGCAUCCACAGCGCUCACCAUCUUCAUCAUGAACAUCCACCACUGCGGCCCAGAGGCCCGUCCGGUCCCCCAGUGGGCCGAGCGGUUCAUCCUGAACUACCUCGCCCGCAUCUGCUUCGUGUACGAGGUCGGGGAGAACUGCCUCGGGGGGGCUGCAUCCAGGAAGCAGCCUCAGUCUCAGGAGGAGUCUGAAGCCCGGGCCAGCAACCCAAAAGGAACAAACUGGGAUGUGAACGGGCAGGUGUGGGCCGGGAGGGUGGAGGAGGACGGGGCGGGGGACGCUCUGAAGCCGAGCCGCGAUUCAAGCAACCAGACCGAGUGGAAGGAGGACAUGUUUGUGACCAUCGACCACUCCGAGGAAGAAGGAGCCGCAGGAGGAGCUCAGCGGGAGGAGUCUGCCUGUGGAGGAGGAGGAGAAGGAGGAGGAGGAGGUGAGCAUGUGGAGGAAAAGACAGGCGUCGGAGGUGCAGAGGGGGGCGGAGGCGGAGCCGGGGACGACAGGAGGGAGGUGUUUGUGAGAGCCGUGUGUGUGUGCCAGCACCAGGGACUACGCAGGAACGUGGAGUACAUUGCCAACUCGUACCAGGACCAGCGGGCCGCUCAGCUGCGCAUCGGGGAGUGGAGGAAGGUCGCCAAGGUCAUGGACCGCUUCUUCAUGUGGCUCUUCUUCAUCAUGGUCUUCUUCAUGAGCAUCCUGAUCCUGGGGAAAGCCAUCUGACGGGACUGCAAAGAUUCCAAUCAGAUGACGAUGGUGUGGAGCUGGCAUAACGUCUUAAAUCUUACUGUCCUUCAAACACGUGAAACAUGCUGGUUUUGUCGGAGCACUGAUGAAUCACAGAUGGGCUUAAAGUGAAUCUGCUGCACGUUUAAAGCACACCUGGUGUCUUUGCAAAUAAAGAUUACCCCCGAGUCUUAUAGGGAGAGAUUAUUGAAUGAACUCCAUAUUCUCUAGCACUGAUCACAGCAAAUACCAGGCACUUUUCAUACCCCGAGGACAUUUCAAACUAACUUCCAGC